CGCGACGCUUCGACUCAACCCCACCUUCCAACAUUCGCCCGACCACGUAUGUGCAAUUUCCCUCUUUGGCAAAGAGUUUACCGAUUUGUUACUUUACCGUUUCGCCGCUUUGCUUCCUUGUCUAGUCUCGUUUCGCUUUUCAAUGCCCUAAUCUCCAUCUGCUCACUGUCGAUACUAGCAUCUGACAUCUCUUAUCUGCUCGAGUCCUGUCCCUCUCAGGAAAGGCGCCAGCGACAUCGUCUACUCUCCAUACAAUGGCCUUUGUUCCUCAUCCGGUUGUCACGGAUCUCACCGUAUGCGUCUUCUCUCCGACAGUUUCUCCCUCCACCUGCAAACUGGACCCGCGAAUAUGGCACCGCGUAGAGAAAGACCUCUACCUAUAUACAUGUCAGCAAAGUGCAUGGCUAUAUGUAGCGCUGGCGAAUGAGGAAGAGCUUGCAGAUGGGGACCUGGUGGUUGUGGAUAUCAAAGUCGGCGAUCCGCCUCCCAGCUCUGGCUCAGGUCAUUCUUGGGAGAGCCGACCUGGCGGGAUUUGGGUACUGAGAAGCAAGUUCUCUGGCAUGAUCGACGAGGCUGUGACAGAGGUGGACGUUCUCUUGGGUAUAGAUGCCGUUGACCCGCGACCACAAUGGACCCUCAUGCCGUCAUCGCUCCAACUUAACGGUCAGCCUGAAGUACCGGUUGCAAGACUCAGCGUCCUCCACGGCAGGGCCAAGCCGAGACCAGAUGCGCGGGCGGCAUUGAGGGUCAGGGAGGAUGGCAAAUUCAAGAUUGUCCAGAUUAGCGACACGCACAUGGUCACUGGUGUCGGGGUAUGCAAAGAUGCUAUCGAUGCCCACGGGAACUAUCUGCCAGAGAGCGAGGCUGACCCACUUACGGUCGACUUCAUUGCGAGCGUCUUGGAUGUCGAGAAACCAGACCUUGUGAUUCUCACUGGAGAUCAGUUGCACCACGACAUCCCCGACAGCAAAUCUGCCCUCUUCAAAGUGGUUGCCCCCAUCAUCGAGCGUUCGACGCCAUUCGCGGCUGUCUUUGGCAAUCAUGAUAGUGAGGGCAGCCACGCAUUAUCACGCACAGCACAGAUGACGAUGCUUCAGAACCUGCCUUUCAGCCUCUGCGAGCCGGGCCCAGAGCAUGUUGACGGCAUAGGUAACUUCUGCAUUCAGGUCCUUGCUCCGGCGCCGUCACCGCGCUUGUUAUCGACCUUGUAUUUCCUGGAUUCGCACGGUCAAAUACCGAGCAACAUACGCAACCCCGAUUAUGACCCUAUCAAGCAAAGCCAAAUUGAUUGGUUCGCGGAGACCUCCCAGGCGUAUCGAAGCACGCGCGAGAAGGACGAUAACAACGAUAACCGCUUUCAUCUGUCUCUAGCUUUCCUCCACAUCCCUCUUCCCGAGUUCGGUGACAGCCGUCUCAGCAUACGCAACGGCCACCGGAGGGAACCGACUGAAGGCCCCAGUAUCAAUUCCCAUUUCUACGACGCCUUGGUCAAAGAAGGCAUAUCAGCACUAGGCUGCGGGCACGAUCACGUGAAUGACUUUUGCGCUCUGCUGCCACCACAACAAACGCAGCGGGAUGGCGACAAAACCCCCUAUCCUGGCCCUUGGCUGUGCCAUGGAGGUGGCACUGGGUUCGGGGGAUAUUGUUCAUAUGGCGGAGUUCGAUUUCACCGACGAGCGCGGGUUUGGGAACUCGAUACGAGCACCGGGAGCUUGAAGACUUGGAAGCGCAUCGAAUACGCUAUGGACAGAGUCGAUGAGCUAGUGCUUGUGGAAAGUGGAGCGGUGGUUAAUGUUGGGGAAGAUGAUGAAGACAUGGAUUAGCCAGACUCGGCCAGGCAUCCGACAAGCAGCAGCCAUCAGAAGUCGCUGUGACACUGCACGCAGCGCAAACCUCAAUCUACAUGCAGUAAAAAUUUGCUUCGGCAAGUCCGUGAAUGACCAUGAGUCUCAA